UUCCUUUCUCUCUGGAUCUGGAGGAAUCAACGAACACUCAUUCACGCCAUCUUCUGCUGACUCUCGUUUGCUUUUUAGAGCUGCUUGGUUCGCUAAGAAAUCGAUUUUUUUUCUGCUUCAUGGAACUACCCUCGCUGUAUGGAUUUCCAACAACAAGAUGAAUGUAUAUAAUAGUAUACUAUCCGCCUUGUUGGGAGAAGCGGCUCGUUUCACUGUGCCGGGUAACUAGCUGGCCUGCGAAUUCUGUGGAAGCAGCCCCUAUGUAAUACAGAGCCAAGCGAGUAUUCGUGAAUCGAUUUUAGGGCUGGCCUCCGCUCCAAGCAGCAAUCCUUUGCGAGACCAGGAAAAUUCAGUUUGUGGGCAAACAUGGAUGAGUCAAGCUGUGUUGCAAAUUUCUACGAAAUGGAGAGAACUUCCAAGGCUGCUACCAAGCGAAUGCGGAAUAAACUGAGCCUAGCCGAGAGGAUGGACGUUAUAAGGCGGUACGAAAAUAAGGCGAGUGUUCGAUCGUUAGCCGUAAUUUUCAAAUGCGGUCGAACGCAAAUAAAAAGUAUUUUGCGCAACCGCAAUUAUCAUCUCAUGUCCUGGUUGGAUUCAGAAAAACAAAAAUAUGACAGAGGAAGCAAUGCACAAAGCACUGUCGAUGAACCUGUCAACCUCAUCCUUCACGAAUGGGUGAAACGAGCACAAUGCUAUCAAAUUAACAUAACCGAUGAAAUCCUUCUGAGCUUUGGCCAGGAAAUCGCCGACCAUCUGCACAAUAAGGAUUUCGUCCCAAGCAACGAGUGGCUCGUUGACUUUAAGCAGAGAUAUCAACUGUUCAAUAUUGGACUGAAUGUGAAGCAGGAACCCAAUGUCCUGCCGGAAGAAAGGAAACCCCUAAGCAUAGCCAUUAUAAUUGACGACUUGCAGGGGACGUAUGGAAACUCCGUGAUUCCCGCUGUGAAUCAGACCCAAAUUCCUGAUUGCUAUGGAGAACGCUCAGAAUCCGUUGGGAGUUUCGAUGGAAUAGCUUCUGGAAGCUUUUAUUCAAUGGAUGAAAUGUUGGAACACGAAGACGAUUCAGCCGUGCAAGUCGAUGAUGAUGACUCAACGAACAGUAGUUCCGGAAAACCAAGCACAAUGUGUGAGGAAACUUCUAAGGAGAUCGGGAAUUACAAAGAAGCUCUCAAUCAUCUCGGGCCGUUAGAACGCUUCGCUUUACUCAAAGAAAAUAUUCGAGCCGUUGGGCUAAUAAAUCAAUUAGAGAACUUGUUCAGAGCCGAAAUGGAGAAAACUGAACUGCAGUAUUAAUUUGUAAAUUCAAAAAUAAAUUUUUGUAAUGAAUUAUUUGAG